CGUCGGUGCCGUUUUGACGUUGACGUCCGUCCAACUGUUGCCUAUUAACCAAGUCCGGGAGGUUCCCUGAUGUCUCAGUAGAACAUGUUGUUCAGUCCGAGCGGCUUCUCCGAGUGUCUGCGGGAAUGGGAGGAUCUGGAGCGGGACUACCAGCACAUCCAGGACACCCAUCGUCUAUAUAAACAGAAACUCGAGGAAGUGACCAAACUGCAGGACAGCUGCUCCGGUGCAAUCGCACGUCAGAGGAAGAAGCUGAAAGAGCUCACUGUGUCGCUAGAAGAAUGCAAAGAAAAUCACCCAACAACCAAAUUAAGUCCAGAAGACGUGGAUGCCAUCGCUGGAAUGGAGGGCUCCAUCAGAGAGAGGGCAGAUGCUUUCUCUGAGAUGGAAGCUUUUCUGCCAAAGAAGAAUGGGUUAUACCUCACUCUUGUUUUAGGAAACGUCAACGUAACACUCCUCAACAAACUGUCCAAAUUUGCCUACAAAGACGAAUAUGAGAAGUUCAAGCUGAUCCUCACCGUCAUCCUCUUCGUCUUCUCCUUCACAUGUCGCUUUCUGUUCAGCUACAGAGCCCUCGAUGCCCUCUUCAACUUCCUGUUGGUGUGGUACUACUGCACACUCACCAUCCGGGAGAGUAUCCUCAUCACCAACGGCUCAAGGAUCAAAGGUUGGUGGGUUUUUCAGCACUACUUGUCGACCUUCCUGUCUGGAGUCAUGCUCACCUGGCCUGAAGGCGCUCUGUACCAGAUGUUUAGAAACCAGUUCCUGACAUACUGUCUAUACCAAAUAGGCUUCGUCCAGUUCCUGCAGUACUACUACCAGAGCGGCUGUUUGUACAGACUCAGAGCGCUCGGAGAAAGACACAACAUGGACCUCACAGUGGAGGGUUUCCAGUCCUGGAUGUGGAGAGGUCUGACCUUCCUCCUUCCUUUUUUGUUCUUUGGUCAUUUCUGGCAACUCUACAACAGCAUAACACUCUUCAAGAUGUUCCAGCUCCCAGAGUGUAAAGAGUGGCAGGUGGCCAUGUGCAGCUGCUCGUACAUGGUGCUCUUCAUGGGAAACUUCUUCACCACGCUGGGGGUCGUUUACCAGAAAUACAUGAACAACCAGGACAAAUCCAAGAACGUAUGAGACUUUAACGACAAAAACUCCAGAAAGUGAACCGUCCUGUUUAUGGAACGCUGAUGUUCUUUCUCUUUUUUGUCCAGAUUGUCGUACGUGUGGACCUUUUACAUGUUGCGCUUCUUUUAUCCGUGUUCUGUUGAUGCUGAGUCCUUUUCAUUUCAUGUCUGUAUGAUCUUUAUUGUGCUGACGGUCAAAACAAUCAAGCAGGUAUCUUGUAGGUCUUUACUGAGCUGUUUCUGCCUCAGUAGUAAGCGUUACUGAUUCAAGGCCUCGUAUUAUUCAGGAAGAUCUAUAGUUUGUUACUCAGGAGCAGCUUUGUAUUUUAGCCUUACAGGAAGUGCUCUGCUGAAUAAAACACUCCUCUAAACCA